UGUCGUGCGUUCAUGACGGAAAAACAACUUCAGCCUCGUAUCCUUCAGGGUAUUAAAUAAUGAGACGAUCGCACAGAGUGUUCGGUUCAACUCAGUCAAACACGUAGCUUUGUCUCAGUGGAUGUCUUUGCGCUCACUGGUUGGUCAGAGCCGCCCGGAUAGGUUUGCAAACGUUUAUUGCUUUCUCUGGCACUUCUCCGGAAUCCUGCUAUCCCGCUCGGUGCGCCGCUCCUGCAGAAAAGCGCACAUCGCAUCCCAGCCAGUCCUCUUCUCUGCCUCCUACCAGGAUGGAUCUGCCCCGCUAAGAGCGCACAACUCCACUUCAGCAGCUGACUAGUAGGAGUGAAAACCAGAGCGAAGACAAAGCUUUAAUUUAAUUUUAUCUUUUCAUUAACUCAAAUAACGCAAAUUUACAAAAUGACACGAAGCCGAUUGUUCCCACGGGCUCUGCUGCUGCUCUGUUUUAUUUGUUCCGCCGCUUGCGAUCCGUUUGCAUUCACCGAAGAUCCAUUCGACAGAGCCGUGAAGGCUGACAGCUACUGUAGUCGGGUUUUACGGGCUCAGAGCAAUCAGAAGGAGACAAACAACGAGUUUCAACUCGUGGUUGAAGGAGAUCCGGAGCGUUACCAGCCGGGGAGCACAUACAGAGUGAGUCUGACUGCAACCAGCCCCUCCUACUUUAGAGGGUUCACCCUUAUUGCCAUAAAGGAAGGUGCAGUAGGAGACAAGGAUGAGGAUUAUGCUGGAAAUUUCCAGAUAAUUGACGAGGAAGAGACACAGUUUAUGACCAAUUGUCCUCCUGCAGUGACAGAGAGUACUCCUCGCAGACGGAGCAAUAUCCAAGUUUUUUGGACUGCACCUCCAAGUGGCACUGGCUGUGUUCUUCUUAAAGCAAGCAUUGUACAGAAAAGAAUCAUCUAUUUCCAGGAUGAAGGUUCUUUGACAAAGCAAAUUUGUGAAAAAGAAUCAUUUUAUGGAGAUGGCACAGAUAAGCCUUUACUUGAUUGUUGUGCCUGUGGAACAGCAAAGUACAGAGUGACCUUCUAUGGGAACUGGUCCGAGAAGAUUCAUCCUAAAGACUUUCCUCGUCGCACCAAUCACUGGUCAGCUAUCAUCGGUGCCUCCCAUUCAAAAAAUUAUGUGCUUUGGGAAUUCGGUGGCUUAGCCAGCGAUGGCGUUAAGCAGGUAGCUGAGCUGGGCUCUCCGGUCAAAAUGGAGGAGGAGAUCAGGCAGAGGGGUGAUGAGGUCCUCACAGUCAUCAAAAUGAAGGCUCAGUGGCCAGCUUGGCAACCUCUUAAUGUGCGUGCUGCCCCAUCAGCUGAAUUCUCUGUGGACCGAACCCGUCACCUUAUGUCCUUCCUAACCAUGAUGGGACCUAGUCCCGACUGGAAUGUUGGACUGUCUGCUGAAGACCUGUGCACCAAAGAGUGUGGUUGGGCCCAGAGGGUGGUCCAGGACCUGAUCCCUUGGGAUGCUGGCACUGAUAGUGGAGUGUCAUAUGAGUCUCCAAAUAAGCCAUCUGCGCCCCAGGACAAAAUCCGCCCUCUUACAAGUCUGGAUCACCCUCAAAGUCCAUUUUAUGAUCCAGAGGGAGGUGCCAUCACUCCUGUGGCAAGGGUCAUAGUAGAGCGUAUUGCCAGGAAGGGUGAACAGUGCAACAUUGUCCCUGACAAUGUUGAUGACAUUGUAGCAGACAUUGCCCAGGAGGAGAAAGAGGAAGAUGAUACUCCGGAAACCUGCAUCUACUCCAAUUGGUCUCCAUGGUCUGCCUGCAGCUCAGCCACUUGUGAAAAAGGAAAGAGGAUGAGGCAAAGGAUGCUAAAGGCUCAGCUGGACCUGAGUGUCCCCUGCCCCCAUACACAGGAUUUUGAACCAUGUAUGGGGCCUGGGUGCAGCGAUGAAGAUGCCUCUACCUGUAUGAUGUCUGAAUGGAUCACAUGGUCUCCAUGCAGCAUUUCCUGUGGGACAGGCACACGCUCCCGAGAACGUUAUGUCAAACAGUUUCCUGAUGAUGGCUCAGUGUGCACUUUGCCAACAGAGGAGUCAGAAAACUGUGUGGUUAAUGAAGAUUGCUCUCCAAGCAGUUGUCUGGUUACUGAGUGGGGUGAAUGGGAUGUCUGCAGCGCUACUUGUGGUCUUGGCAUGAAGAGGAGAGAGCGCAUGGUGAAGAUGCCUCCUGCAGAUGGUUCCAUUUGUGGUGCAGAGGUUCUAGAGGUUGAGAAGUGCAUGAUGCCAGAAUGUCAUACAAUACCAUGCUUGCUGACUCCAUGGUCCGAAUGGAGUGACUGCAGUGUGACAUGCGGGAAGGGUUUGAGAAAAAGACAACGUAUUCUCAAAUCACCAGUGGAGCUUGGAGAUUGCACAGAAGAAUUGGAACAGGUGGAGAAAUGCAUGCUACCAGAGUGUCCCAUAGACUGCGUCAUGUCGGAUUGGACUGAGUGGUCCGAGUGCAACAAGUCCUGUGGCAAAGGUCACACUAUCCGGACUCGCACUGUUACCAUGGAGUCUCAGUUUGGUGGUGACCCCUGCGCUGAAACAAUUCAGAGGAAAAAGUGUAAAAUUAGAAAAUGCAGUCGAGGACAAGGCAACAGUGAUGAGAAGAAACGACGGAAGGAGCAGCGUGAAAAACGGAGGAGCAAACAGGGCAGAGUUGAAGGCACCUCUGAGCAUCCAGGUUGUAGAAUGCGGCCCUGGUCUAGCUGGACAGAAUGUACAAAACUUUGUGGUGGAGGUAUUCAAGAACGACUUAUGACAGUAAAGCAGAAGUUCAAGACUGCCCCGUUGUCCAGCUGCAAGGACAGGAAGGAGAUCAGAGCUUGCAAUGUCCAUCCCUGCUAGGAUGUAUUGAUAGGAGGAAGGAUGAAGCAGGAAAAGACCUGGACUGAGAAGAAGAAGAAAGCACACUGCCGAAAAAAUGACUCAGAGCUCUCUGUUCAGGGUUGAAAUGAUACAUUCUUGAACAUGUAUGUUGAAAACCAGAAGUAAGAUCAUCUAUUGUUACGACAACAUGAACUGAUCUUCCUACAAAAAAACAGCAGAUUCAACUCUGAUGUGCUUCAAUUGUCGUGACACAUAUAUUCCUUUUGCAACGUUACUGUAAACUUAUUGUGAUGUACAUGUCUUAAGAAAAUUAAUUAUAAAAAUAUUUGUUAAAAUUGUUGAAAAAAGCUGAUUUUGCCAGUGGUAUCACUGAAUAAUUAAGUAGACUUUGAAGCACAAGUACCAAGCUAUUUCAGCGAUUUAUAUGCAGUUAUAGAUGUUCAAUGUUUCUAGGACCCGUAAAUCUAUGUUGAUUUUUGUUACCCAGGUUAAUGGCUGUUUAAAUAGAUCAGAACACAUAUAUAAUUCAUCAGUAUCUUUUUGCAGUGUAAUGUUCGAUUGAGAUGUGUCAAGAUUUUUACCAAAAUCUUGUGAAGAUGUUUUUUUUUUUUUUUCUGAUGUGUGUUGCCCUUUUCUCUUUAACUCUGUUCCACUAUUAAAAUGAUAUUUUUGACUAAUGUUACCU